AUGGACCAUUCUGCUACCACUCGUCACACUUUUCACCGCCACUAUAAUCGCAACUAUUGCCAUCAUCGUCAUCACCAAUACCACCAUUGCUAUCAUCUCCAUCACCACCGUUACCACCAUCACCACCAUCACCACCAGCACAUCUGUUAUUGUAACCACCAGUAUGCCAAUGUAAAUCAAUCUAAGGACAAGAUGUUGCGAGAUGACAACCGCUACCGUUCCUCCUUUCACUUUUCGGUAAUUUUUCUAAAUGCUCUAUCCUACAGUCGAUAUGACGAUAACAAUAAUGAUGACGAUAACGAUGACGAUGACAAUGACGACAAUGCUAAUAUGAAUGCAAAUGUAAAUGUUAAUGAUGACGGUGACGAUAACAAUAAUGCUAAUGACGCCAAGUACGACAACGACAGCGACGAAAUUUUUCUAACGAAGGAUGUUUUGCGGUUUACAGUACAAGGUACACCUUUUGCAAGUUCUUAUGUAUGA